AUGACAAAGGCAUGGACAAUUAAUCUUCGUCCCCGAGCAAAAACUCCGCCUCGAGGCGAGCGAGACAUUCCGCUACCCUCUCAAGAGAGCCCUCCCCUCCCGUUCCUGUUCCGAGCUGGUAGUUCUUCCACAUCAGAGAACGAGUUCAGCUUCCGAACUCCCUUGAUAUCCGUAUCCCCUACCCCUGGCCCUGACCAAAGAGAGUAUGCCUUGUCAACUGUUCCAAGUCCAAGGGCGGUAGCAAGAUCCGGAGACCACACCGAGGAUCAGCUAUGCGACGCUGCCGCCCAAUUGGGUGUAAACAGCAACGGGGGGCUUUCUGACUUUCAAGAUCUAUCAUCUGCACUGAACGAAAGUCGGUUGGCUCAAACACCGCGGACUGCCCGGCCAAGCCUCACGCCCCUUCCAGACCAGAGAGACCGGUCUCGAGGGUCGACACAUAGACGCAGCUCAAGCGGUUUGAAACGUUACAAUGUUGCUGACGAAGAACCCCCGAAGGAUGCCUUCAAUUCGGCCGAAUUUCAGUCCGCGCUGUGCCUCGCCAAGGCCCUUGCGGGAGAGUUGGCCGACGUGCUGAGCAGCAGCCCACUGCAUCGGGAAGAAGAAUCGAAAAUGCAUGAGCUACAUAGGAAAGCUGUCGCCUUGGCAAAUUUCAAGCCCACUUCAACGAGAGUUGUGGGCUUUGUGGGUGGCGCAGGCGCUGGGAAGAGCAGCGUCUUGAACUCGUUGCUCGACGAAGUCGAUCUGGUUAAAUCGGGCAGCGCUGGCGAGGCUUGCACAUGCGCAGCUACUGAAUUUCACUACCACGAGUCGGACACGCUCAGCAUUCAACUUCAGCUCUUUGACGAAGACGAGCUCUUGAAGCAGCAAAUGCAGCUUUUGAGAUCCUAUCGCCAUUUUCAUCUCGCAGAUCUGUCCGAAGCCGAGCAAGACAACUUUGGUGAACUGGCGAGGCUUGCCGGAGACACAUUCAGCUCACUGUUUCAGAGCCAAAUUCCGAGUCAAAAUACUCUCCUAAAUGAAGACGAAGAUUGCCUGAAGAGCAUAUUUAGACGUCUGAUUACGGAGCUCAGACCUUCAAUCUCACAUACCGUCAUGACUGGCCUUACAAAAGAAGCCUGCUCGGAGAAGCUGAGGGAGCUGACCUCCGCUCCAGCUUCUACAGGAGAACCCGCUACUCGAGCUGCUGCUUGGCCCUAUAUUGAGAAUAUCAAGGUAUUUCUCAAUGCGCAGAUACUAAAGAAGGGAUUGAUCCUGGUGGAUUUGCCCGGACUCCGCGACAUUAACUCUGCGCGAAGAAAUAUUACUGAGCUUUACAUUCGAAAGUGUAAUGAAAUAUUUGCUGUUUGCCCGGCUGCUCGUGCCACCGACGAUGAGACAGUCCAAGAGAUUUUCCGGAUGGCAGAGCAUCUGGAAAAUAUUAGCAUCAUAUGCACAAACUCCGAGGCCAUCAACGCAAAGGAGUGCAAAAAAGAUUGGCCCGGAGAACGAGCAGACACCAUCAAUGAGAAUUUGACGGCGAUUGACGAGCACUUAUACACUAUAGAAGAAUUGGAAGAGGAAUUGGAGAGCUUCAUAGAAGAAGAACAUCCCCUCCAUGAGAACACUCGGAUAUUGAGUGAACUCAACGCAAACAUACUCAAGGCCAAGAAAAGCGAGGAGGCUUGCCAAUUCGAGCUACAAAGUUUUCUGAUCAAAUGCCGGAACGACGAUCUAGUCAAAGGUCUGCGCAGAAAGUACCGAACUGAUCCUUCUUUAGCAGAUACCAAUGUUUUUUGUGUAAGCAAUACUCUCUACCAAAAGAAGCGGCAGGCAAAGAUCGAGAUUGCCCAGGCCUACAUCAACUUGAGCGGCAUCAUUGAUCUGCGUCGACACUGUGUCUCGAUUGUAUCUGCGAACCAGCACCGCGAGGCGUCUGGCUUUAUGAAGACGGACAUCCCCAAGCUGCUGGCUGCCAUUGAUCUUUGGGUACAGUCAGGCGAGGAUACUUGGGACGGCGAGCUUAGGGCCGCUGUAAAGACAGCACUUGAUGAUGUCGAAGCCCGGCUUGAAUCGGCUCUCGACCGCCAAGCACCUUUUCGAAACAUUUCCCAGGUACUCUGCCAGAUUUUCGAAGCAGAAGUGUACGAGACUACAUACAGUGCAUUCUGUCGCCAAUACGGGAAUUAUACCACAAAUGCCGUUGGGCACCAUGACUGGAAUGGAGAAGCCAACGGGCAGAUGGCUCGACACAUGAAGUCUCCGUGGCAGACUCUGGUAUCACGUGCGCAAGCAGAGGAAGCCAGAAUAACAGAGUUUCAUACGAGUUCAACAAAUUAUGUCGCUGGAAAGCUGGAGAAUCAUACUAUAAGUAGCCUUGCUGCCAUGGCCCCUUUGCGACACGCUUUGUACUUGGAGCAGGAUCUCCUCCUUGACGCCGUUCAGAACGCAUUUGAGAGUGUCUCGUUACAACUCAGGCAGCUACGAACCGAUGCCUUUUCAAGCUUGAGAACCUCAUACAUUGGGUUAGCUAUGGAAUCUUCGUAUGAUGCAUGCAACCAUGAAAGCGGAACCGGCUCGCAUGGCAGACGCAAAGCUAUAAUUACAGGGGCGUUUGGCAACGAAGAUUUGUUUGACGGCAUCAUGAAGAAGCUGCGGACAGAGUUUAAAGAGCUCGCGAAAACGGCGCAAAACGACGUCACGGCGGCCGUACAGUCCUACUUGUCUGAGAUAAGAAACACUUUGAAUCUCUUGCGAGAUGAAAACACGGCGAACGAGAGCCAGAGAGAUGUUGCAUUCCAUCGCCGGGUCAGCAAUGCCUUGAAAGCUAGCCAAGAGACGUUGCGGGACGUUGCCCGCCGCAUUGAAGGUUGA